AUGGGUCUGAAGUUGGUCGUCGGAGUAUCGCUACUCUCCUUGGCGAUGGGACAGAUUCGGCCGGAGAACUCGUGCUCUAAAUACUUUCAAUAUGUAAACAAUACUGCUGAGGAAUUCCAGGGUGAGAUCACGUUGCCCACUUUGAAGCAGGGUCACAAUCGCAUCGACUUGGUUUUCUCCCAGAUGGGUGAUCAAGAUGACUUUUUUGUGGGUCAACUGAAACCGUAUCCGGAUGAAAAAGAAAUUCAAUGGAGAACGGGACCCUAUAAGUUCCGGAUUUUUCUUAGUCCGAGCGUGGCCAAUGGAAAGCCCAAAUUGUCGCAGCUCGCCCACAAUAAUCAGCUGCUCUGCGGCGAAUACGUUCUAUAUGUCAGCUACCAUACUCGUUCCUAUGAGUUUUUCAAAAAUGGAUCGCUGGAACGUAUUCCUGUAUCACCAAAAGUUUGCGGCAAACGGGGCAACAUGGGCCCGUAUAUUUCUCAAGGCAGGAGUUUUCCCCCGGGUCGGUAUCCCUGGCUUUCUGCCAUCUUUAUAAAGGAAUCCGGUACUCUAAGCUUUCAGUGCGUGGCAACCCUGAUCUCGGCCAGUGUUGUCAUCAGUGCCGGCCACUGUGUGCACAACAUAACGAAGAAGAGCGUGGUUAUCGGACUGGGUAUUCAUGUUCUGGAUAAAUACGGAGAGGAUGGAGCUGAGACUCGAAAUGUGAAGCGAUUGCUUUUCCAUCCGGGAGUCAAAAACAAUGGUUUUAACGAAGCUGAUAUCGCACUGAUCACAAUGGAGCGGCCAGUCAUGUUCACCAAAAAUAUAUCUCCAAUUUGCUUGUGGACGGAGGAGGCAAGCCGUAUGCAGAGCACACAUGGCAUCGUUGCUGGCUGGGAAUCCACGGAGACUGUGUCCAAUAAGGACUACCCCUGGGUUGUGGAGGUGGAGAUAGCCAGUCCCGAGGUCUGUGCCAGGAAUUUUAAAGGCCUUACGCUGCCGGAGCAAACUCUUUGCGUGGAAACUAGGAAUGGAGCACAGCUUGGAUGUGUCGGCGAGUCUGGCGUAGGACUGAUGGUCUUGAAGGACGAGCGAUGGCUACUCCGGGGCAUUGUAUUGCUUUCAAAACGCUCUGGAUUAAACUGUGACCUUAGCGAGUAUGUACUGUUCUGCGAUUUGUCCAAGUAUAUUAAAUGGAUAAACGAUAAUAUUCGUUGA